CCCGGCUGCCAUAUUGAUUUCAUUGUGACAGCAUGUUGUAAUGCCUUGGCAGUAAACAGUAAACAACAACAUAACCUAUUUUGCAAAAGAUCCAGAAAUUUUUAAAUACAAAAUACAUUACAAUUACAUUUAAGAUAUUUACCUACUAUUCUUGAAAUUUAGGUGAUGUUUCAAGUAGAAUAAGAUGGGCCUCUUAGAAACAAUUUUAACAUCGACAGACUUUGAAGAAUAUAUUGAUAUUUUCAAAGACAAUGGUAUUGAAUCUCAUACUUUAAAGAUUUUGAGUGACUUAGAUUUGCAGUUAUUAGGGAUACAGGAUGAGGAAAAAAGAAAACAAUUUUUGAACAUUGUUAGGGAUCUUGGAAUACCAUCUGAGAAGGUAAUUAGCAUGAGAUGUGACAAAUCGUAUAUCCAGCUGAUAUUAAACCAAAUUUCCCUUCAUGUGCAAAAACAAUAUGCAAAUGUGAUACCUAUUGUAAAAAGAAAUGAUAUUGAUAUAUGUGAUAUAGAAUUAACACCUGCGGUAAUUACUUUACAACAUGUUCUUCGGUCUAUGGAUAAUUCAUUAAACACAUUUGAAAAAAAGGUAUUGAAAAAGAAGAGAAGAAAUAAUGGGAAAUUUAUUAUUUUUUCAUCUUUAAUCAUUUCAACGGCAACCAUGUUUAUUUGUUGCAAAUAUUUACUUCCUAAAUAAUGUUUAUAAUAAGUUAAUAAUUAAUACUAAUAAUAAUAUGGAUUACCUGUUCUUAAAAUCAAUUGUAAUAAAUGAUGAAUAAAUGUUUUCUGAUAUGAA